AUGACAACAUCAGUUAUCGUUCAUGAAGCCAUUAAUGAAGAAUAUGAAUACAUACAGUAUAACAAACAAUUGAGACUCAUUCGUUCAGUCAAAGAUGACAUGUACCAAAUGCAAAGUAUUUUGACAGCAUGUUUUGCUCCAGAGAAUAAAACACCAAAUGAAUGGUUUGAAUUAAAUAGCACUCAUGAACUCCUCAGUGAGUUUGAACAUGUAGAACUUAAAAAGAUGUACCAAGACAGACAAAACUUACCAUCAUUUCUAAAAGGUAUAUAUGUUCAUAAGUUCCUAGUUAGUUCAAUAGCAAUGUGGACUUCACCUCGUUAUGCAAUCUACAUACUUAUGCUACUUGACGAACUUUGUACAAAGUAG